AUGGCCUCGUCCUCCUCUGCGCCUAAAUCGCGCUCCUCCGGUCCGUCGGGCAUCACAAGAGCCUACCUUUUCCUCUACAAUGCUUUCAAUCUCGCAACAUGGGCCUUCUGCGUCGGCUACACAGCCUCCUUAGUUCCCGGCCACUUCGCCAGCAACACGCUCCACUCCAUCUUCCCCCAAACCUUCUCCCCAUACCUCCUCGCGACGCAAUCCAUUGCCACCCUCGAAAUCCUGCACAGUCUGCUCAGGCUUGUGCGCGCCCCCUUCUUCACAACCGCAAUGCAGGUUGCCAGCCGUCUGGUUCUCGUCUGGGGCAUCAUGGUUCCGUUCGGCGGUCAGGUUGUCGGCGCUGCAUCUACUACCCAGCUGGGCGACUAUGCGUACCUGGGAUGUGUGACUGCGUGGGGAAUUACGGAGAUAAUUCGGUACGGAUUCUUUGCCAUAACGCUUUCCGGGAACGAGGUGCCCAAGUGGUGGACUUGGUUGCGGUAUAACACUUUCUACGUGCUUUACCCCAUUGGAAUCUCGAGUGAAUGUGUGCUUCUUUAUCUGUCGCUGGGUCCGGCUGCGGAUGUGAGUCCGUUGCUUUUCUGGGGGCUUGUGGCUAUUCUGGCUGUCUAUGUGCCUGGUUCUUAUAUUCUUUACUCGCACAUGAUUGCGCAGCGUCGCAAGGUUCUUCGGGGUAAGCAGCGUGCUGAUUAG